UAGCAAAAUGAAUUAUGCAACAACAACACCACAUGCUCGUUGUUUACACAAUCAUAGUCAUAGAACACCACGCCACGGCACGGGGGAUUCAACACCACUCGCGCUCUCAUCGCGUGCAAAGUCCAACUGACAAAAUUACACCAAUUCCAAGGCCAAUAUUCAGAGGUUUUCCUGCCACUUAAAGCUAAAUUUUUAGUGAAAACAGCUGAAAAUAAAACUAAGCAUCAAGAUCGAGAACGGUACAUGACGACCUGAACAGCUGUUCUCUUAAGAGCACCAUGGCCAAACGCAAGUCAUCUGGUCCAGUGAAGACAUCCAGUGAACUCAGCAGGAAAACAAACACUGAGCCUAAUCUAAAGGUCAGAGGUCAAGUCAAGAGUCAAGUAAAAACAAAUGAAAAAGAUACAAAGGUCAAAGAGAGGUCAAAGGUUAAAGACAGUCAGAACACUUUAAGCCAGGAUGAAAGGGUAGCACCUGUUGAAAUCAGUCAGAAUGGACCAAGGAGAGGUAGGAGUGCAAAAUUACAAGCUGUCAAGAAAAUGUCAACUAUGCAGGAAGAUGUAAAGAGAACAGAAGGCAUUGAGGAGAAUGAAUCAGAAGAUGAUGAUUACGUUAGUUUGGAUUCAGAAUAUAAUGAUGAAGAAGAUGAAGAUGACUUUGAAGCGACACCUCCAUUGCAGAAGAGAACAUCAAAUACAAGGCAGAAAAAUCAUGGAAAAAUGAAAUCCAAAGAUAAAAGCAAACAAGUAACUAAGGAACGUAAAGUAGUUCCUGUUAGACAAAGUGAGAAAAUCUUUGAGGAAAGGUACGUCUGCCAAGCUUCACAAGAACAGUUUCUUUCAUUAAGUGACAGUGGUUCUUCUUCAGAAGAUGAAUCAGAUUUGGGUGAAUCAAAACCUUCGUCAUUAAAGACAAUCCCUGAUAAAUCUGAAAUUAUAAGUGCCACAUCUCAAAAAUCAAAAUUGAAGGAGAUGAAAACAGAUGGGACUGACUCUUCUCUUGUAAUACCUUCUCAGCCUACAACGAAGUCAAUGUUUGAUGAUUUAGAUGAUAUACCAGAUUUCCAGGGCUCUCAACCAGGGAACAAUCAAUCCUUGUUUGAUGAUGUAGAGGUGGAAAAUAAUCAAAAGGAAUUAAUCCCUCAGGUAGAAAAGACGAAUGUGAAAUCAGUGAUUAGAUCACAGUAUUUUGAAGAUGAUGAGCCAGGAGGUGCUCAUGAGGAAGUCUCACCUCAGGAAAAAGAGGCUGAUGUAAAACCAGUGAUAACAUCACAGUAUUUCGAUGAUGUUGAUAUAGAAAGCGAUCAUGGGGAAUUAACACCUCGAAAAAAGACUGUUGCAAAACCAGUGGUAACAUCACCAGUGGUUACAUCAGAUUAUUUUGAUGAGUGUAGCAGUCCUGAUUCGAAACACCUUUCAAAAAUUAAAAACCUGAGGAAGAGAAAGCUACAUGUAAGUGAUGCAAGGUCUGUGGUCAAGUCUACUACCUUCAAUGAAAGUGACAUUUUGGAAAAAGAUGAAAGUGAUUUUGAAGAAAGUCCUCCUGAGAAAGCAAAGAAGCAGCCGAAGAAGAGGAUUGCCAAAGUUAAGCAAGCCUCCAGUGAAGAAAAGAAAAAUGAGAAGCAGACCAAGAAAGAUGUUAAAUCCGCUUCUUCAAAGAAAGACGAUCACACAAAAAGCUAUUCUAAUACAGCAAAGAAACCAGUUGUAAUGCUUGAAAGAAUUACAGCAAAGAAACCAGUUGUAAUGCUUGAAAGCAGAAAAGGGGGCUUUAAGGGAAGUCAUCCUGAUGUGAAAAAUGGUUGUACCUCGGGUAAAACAGCUACCAUUAGUGAGGAAAGGAAAAAUGAGAAACAAAGCAAGAAAGAUGUUGAUCCCAAUGUCUUACCUGCCAUGUCAAAGACAAGAGGUAGCACUAAGAGCCAUUCUAAUGCAUCAAAGAAUCCAGUCGUAAAAGCAGAAAGCGGAAGAAGAGAUAUGAAAGGUGGUCAACGUGAUGCGGCAGAUGAUGCUACAAGAGGUAAAAAAACAACCGUAAGAGAGGAAAAGAGUGAGAAACAAAGAAAGAAAAGUAGUAAUGCCAGUGCCCUGCCUGCUGAGUCAAAGAAAAGCGGUAACAUGAAAAGCCAUCCUAAUACAUCAAAUGUAGUAAAUUCAGAUAGCACUAGAGGCUUUACACGAGGUCCACCUGAUCGAGAAGGUAGCACAAAAAAUGUCACAAAGAAGAGAAAGCUUUCCACUGUAGUGAAAAACUCCUCAACGGGUAAUGUCAAGAAAGACAGGAGAGGGGAUAGAGACGGUGUAAGUGAACACAUCAGCAGCCCUGCCAAAAAGAGGAAAAUGUCGACCAGGUCAAAGAGUUCCUCAGCUAAUACUGUUAAGAGAGCAGGAAGAGACACAACAAAGAGAAAGAUGGCAACUAAGAAGGAGGAAAAGAAGAUGGAAAUAGAGGUGAAGGAGGAGGAUGCUGAUAUUUCAUCUGAUGAAUCAGAGUGGGAGGAAGUGGAAGACACACCAAUGAAUGAAAUAGGAGAACCAAUGUUGACGCCAAGUCCCAAGAAAGCUAAUGAUCAGGAAGUAUCCCUGGAAAUUGAUAUUGAUCUACCAGGAAAAUCCCAAGCAGGAAAGAAAAAAAAAAGAGAAUAUGAUUGGGCAAAUUAUUUCCAAUGGCAAGUCAAUAAAUAUAACAAGGAGAGACAACUCUUGCUACACAAGUCACACCUUGUACUACUUCUCACAAGUAGUUUCCAUAGCAACAAUAUAUGUAACCAGAUAGAGCUCCAGUGCUUGGCUCUCUCCAUAAUCCCUUCUGAGCUUGUAUCCAAGAGACCAAAGCAACUAAACAUCAAUUAUCUCACCAAACUUCUUGGCUGGUUCAAGAAUAGUUUUAAGAUCAAAUCUGAUCUGAAGGAAGACUUGACGGCAUCACUUGAAAGGAUUCUGCCUCCCAUGUUUGAAAAGAGACAGGCUGCUUCAGAGAGACAACUGGUUCAUAUGUUUGCAAUUAUUCUGAGGUGCCUAGGAGUGGAUGUUCGUCUCAUUUUCUCUCUCCAGCCUCUAACCUUCAAGGCCAAGAAACUUACUAAGAAAUUCAAGAGAGAAAAUGCAAAUGCUCCCGUCAAGAAGCCAUCUGGUCAAAAGACAAUGCAGGAACAGAAUGAAGUGCCACACAAGCAGUUGGGCUCUUCUACUAACAUCUCAUCUCCCACAGAAUCAGCUGAGUCACCCAGGAAACCAGCAUCAAGUAAUCCUACAUCAAGUGCUCCAAAGACCCAUUCCACAAAGACAACACUUCAGAAAUCUAAACAACAAGCUACUAAAUCCUCCUCAAGCAAAUCAUCAGCAAGUGCUCCUCUCAUAUGGUCACCUUCAAAAGAUGGUCUCAUGCCCAGCAAGUCAUCAUCCCAUUCUUCAUCAUCUACUUCUUCCACAAAGAUUCGGUCUAUGCCAUCGGGCACAAAGACAGAUUCUUCAAAGUCCGGGCAGCCAAGUAGCAAGGGUUCCUCAAAGAAAUCAUCAGCAAAUGCACCAAAGACACAGAUCACUUCAUUGAAGCCAAAGGCUACCUCUUCCAAAUCUGUUGAGAAAAUGGGAAAAGUACCUAGUGGGAAAGUCAUAAAGGAGGAGAAGGCUGCAACAAGGAAAAAGCCUGAGAGUUCAGUGGGACUUAACAUGAGUGGCAAUAUGGGUAAGAAAGGAAAAGAGAAACAGGAGCCAACAAGUGAAAGACAUGCUCCUAAAAGAAGUCUUAGGGCCAAGAACACCUCCAGAAGGAGGACAGCUUCAAAAAUGACCCCACAGUAUGAUGAAAGGGAUGACAAGGAAGAUGAAUCUGAUGAUGAUCAUAGCGACUAUGAGGAGGAACUCAGAAAAUAUGUAUCUAAGAGGAAAUCAAGGGCACCAUCUGCCAGCGGAUCCACCAAAAAGAAAGCGAAGAUGUCAUCAUCGGUGUCCACCAUGGAGGAAGUGUCAUCCGAUGAUGAUUUUGAAGUGAAAGUAAUGAGUGUCACAAAGCAACCAAGGAAGGCUGAAACUACGAAGAAUGAAAACAAAAAGAAAGUCUCAAGAAGAGUCUUGUCAUCUGAUUCUGAUGAAAGUAUUUUAUUGGUGGACAUCUUGGACCCAGGUUCUGAUAUCUGGCUUGAGGUGUAUCUGUCUUCUGAAAAGCGUUGGAUUUGUGUAGACUGUGUGAGAGCACUCAUUAACAAACCUGAGAUGUGCGAGAAGAAAGCAACUGAACCAAUCACAUAUGUCAUCGGUGUGGAAAAUGAUGGUUGUGUGAAAGAUAUCACCAGAAGGUAUGCUUCCAAGUGGAUGACUGAGACUCACAAAUUGAGACCAGUUGAUGAAUGGUGGGAAGAAACCUUAACACCAUACCAGAGUUACAAGGAUAGAGACAGGAAAGAGGAUUUAGAUGUUCAAAAUAACCUCACAAGCAAGCCGCUUCCUACAUCUGUCGCAGAAUACAAGAAUCACCCACUAUAUGCCUUGAAGAGACAUUUAUUGAAAUUUGAAGCUUUGUACCCAGAAUCAGCUGCUGUAAUAGGAUAUUGCAAGGGAGAAGCAGUUUAUUCCAGGGAGUGUGUACACACAUUGCACACAAGAGAGACAUGGAUGAAGGAAGGAAAAGCCACCCGCAUCAAUGAGAAACCAUAUAAGAUGGUCAAACCAAGACCUAAAUGGAAAAAAGGAAUAGGUAUGAUCAAGACAGAAGAGAGUACCCUGGGGAUAUUUGGGGAGUGGCAAGUUGAAGACUACAUUCCCCCUCCUGCAGUAGAUGGCAAGGUGCCUCGUAAUGAGUAUGGAAACGUGGAACUCUUCAAACCUACCAUGUUACCUGCUGGCACUGUUCAUCUCAAGAUUGCAGGAUUGAACAAGAUUGCCCGUAAGCUUGAUAUAGAUUGCGCCCCCGCCAUGAUGGGAUGGGACUUCCAUUCAGGUUACAUCCACCCUGUAUUGGAUGGAUUUGUUGUCUGUGAGGAGCAUGUAGAGGUGUUGGUUGCAGCUUGGGAAGAAGAUAGAGCAGAACAAGAGAAGAAAGAAAAAGAGAAAAGGGAAGCCAGAGCCAUGAACCACUGGAAACUCUUUAUCAAAAGCCUGCUUAUCAGGGAAAGACUUAAAGAGAGGUAUGGCAAGAAUGAUCCCAACUUAGACUCUCCCGGUACAUCGCAGCAAUCAGAGAAAGAAGGAAGAAAGGAUGCCAGUCCAGUGAAGGCCUCAUGGCCUGAAAACAAGAUGACUGCUUUCACAGGUGAUGAAGGAAAUCUUCUGCCAUUCGAGAAGAAAAUAAGUAAGAAGAAGAAAAAGCGAUAGUUUCUGAAGUUCACUAUAUUCAGUGGUGUCUUUCGAACGGUUGUUUUCAUAUGUUACCCUCCCAUUGUAUUCUUUGUCAGUAAUAUGUAUUUGACCUGACAUCAUAAGUGCCACAAGCCAUCAUUUGCUGCAUAAAAGAUCAGGACCAAGUAUCCAAAGGUAAGCAAGCAAUUAGAAAACAGAAAAAAAUAAGCUUGUAGAUUGGUUGUAUGCAAAUAUUGUUAAAAAAAGGAUUGGUAACUGAUGGGGAGAGUUGUUUCAUUUAUCCACUUGAUUGUAAAACUUUGUUAGGGUAUGCAGGUACGCAUUUGGGUACUUUUGUUAGGUACAUUUUCUGUCGGCUUUGUGAAUAUUGAAAAUAAACUUACAGACCUUUUUCACAUAUGAUAAGUUUUAAUGACAGUAUAAUCAGGUGUAAAUAACCUCAGGGGAGCUGUCUGUGAUUCAUGAAGUGUCCUUCUGAACGUUAUUCCUAUGAAUUUUUCUCUGAUUCGAGAUCAUAGCUUCCUUGGCUUUGCAGUACAAUGAAUGUUUAUAUUUUAAAAAUAUGUAUAUAAUGCUUAUAAAUUAGAUAUAUUUUGUUAUAUCUUAAUGGAAAAUAUGAGCAUGAGUAAAAAAAAUUGAGUGUUUUUAAAUGAUAAUUAUGUAUUUACUUUCAAAGUCAAUUAAUACAGUACUGUUAGUGUACUAGAUUGUGUGUGUGUAAGGAUACUAAAAUGGAAGUGGAUGACUGUCGCUCUAUUUUGUAUCUUUUAUCUUAUAUGAGUUUGAAUAUAUUAACAUAUUUUAUUUAACCUAUGUGCCAAAUACAAUACAUGGAAGCCUGUGUAUUUUCAGAUAAUCAUUUAGCUAAUAUUUACGUCAGUGAUAUAGAUCAUAGAAGGUAUCGUGUAUUAUGGUAGGUGCUGUAAAUGUGGAACUAAGUAUUUACAUUGAAAACCAGUCAGAAUACAUUAUCAUGUUAAUCAAAAUAAAUAUUUAAUUUGUCAAACUCUUCACAGUACACACAAUUGCAUUAACAUAAACAUAUGAUGACAUUUUGAAUAAAACAUGGAGUAGCAUAUUUUAAA